AAACCGGUAAACGACCCAGGAAGCCGGUUAGGGCCACGCAGCGUAGCAGUCGGGCUUUCAUAGGAGCAGGCCGGGCCGACGCGUUGCCGGAGAUGGCCGGAGAAAUGACGGUGCUGGGUUCUGCUGUUUUGACACUCUUGUUAGCUGGAUAUCUGGCCCAACAGUAUUUGCCUAUGCCAACACCAAAAGUAAUAGGGGUUGACCUUGGCACUACAUACUGUUCAGUUGGCGUCUUCCUUCCUGGCACAGGGCUGGUAAAAGUGAUUCCUGAUGAAAAUGGGCACAACAGCAUCCCGAGCAUAGUGUCAUUCACUGAGAAAGAUGUUUAUGUGGGAUAUGAUGGGCUCGAGCUGGCUGAUGCCAAUCCACAAAACACUGUGUAUGAUGCCAAGAGGUUUAUAGGGAAGAUCUUCACGCCAGAAGAACUCAUAAAUGAAAGCAGAAGAUACCCAUUUAAGAUCAUUAACAACAAGGGAGCUGCUGAAUUUUCUGUUGCAACUAAUGAGACAUACAAUGUAACACCAGAAUAUAUUGGUUCUCAGCUUCUUUUGAAAUUGAAGAGGAUGUCAGAGGAUUACCUUGGAAUGCCAGUUUCAAAAGCAGUUAUUUCAGUGCCGGCUGAGUUUGAUGAAAGGCAACGAAACUAUACAAUUAAGGCAGCUAGCCUUGCAGGUCUGGAAAUACUGCGGGUAAUUAAUGAGCCCACUGCUGCAGCAAUGGCAUACGGUCUCCACAAGGCGGAUGUGUCUAAUGUUUUGGUAGUAGAUCUAGGUGGAGGAACACUGGAUGUUUCUUUGCUGAACAAGCAAGGAGGAAUGUUUCUGACGAGAGCGAUGGCAGGUAACAAUAAACUUGGAGGACAGGACUUCAAUCAACGGUUGAUCCAAUACCUGUAUAAUGAGAUCUAUCACACAUAUAGCUCUCUGCCCUCCAAAAAGGAAGAAAUACAUAGACUCAGGCAGGCUGUAGAAGCCAUUAAACUAAACCUGACAAUUCAUAAUUCUUCCACAAUCAGGAUUGCUCUUACUAUGCCAGAGAAGGAACAAUCUGAAGAUGUACAAGAAGAGAAGACGAUAUAUAAUCAGCAUGAAAAUGCACACUCAGAAAUAGAACCUGUGAUGAAAGAGAACAGGAGGGACAGCUUUUCAGAAACACAGACCAAUGCUUGGAAAAAAGUUCUCUUUGAAAUGGAAAUUUCCCGGAAACUCUUUGAGACAUUAAAUGCGGACCUUUUUGAGAAGAUCCUUGUACCCAUCCAGCAGGUAUUGAAAGAAGGACAUCUACACAAGACAGAAGUAGAUGAGAUUGUAUUAGUUGGAGGUUCCACCCGAAUUCCAAGAAUACGUAAAGUGAUUACAGAAUUCUUUGGGAAGAAACCCAACACAUCUGUUGAUCCAGACCUUGCAGUGGUAAUAGGGGUGGCUAUCCAGGCAGGAAUUGUUGGAGGAUCUUGGCCUCUUCAAGUUAGUGCUGUGGAAAUCCCAAACAGGCAUUUACGAAAGACAAAUUUCAACUGAGCUUCAGUGUUUAUAUUCCAUUCCAUUGUUUUUAGUUCCAUUACUUAAGCAGCGUAUGUCCUAACUUAAUUCCAUUUGCAUGUUGUUGGACUGUUCGGUGCACUUAGUUCAUUCCUUUCCUGCUUAAGGGAUUAGAAAUUUAAAAUUGAAAAAAAAUGUUUCUGUUUGAGCUACAAGAAUAUGUGAGCUCAUUUGUGAAAGAAUGCCAAUGAUCAGAAGCAUUGCUUCUGAAGCAUGAUUUUAUUUUUUUCCCUAAUCUAAUAAUCGACAGAACCUCAAUACUUCAUUACUUGAAAUGGAAUGAAAUAAUUUUAGAGUAAUGGUGGAUAUAGUGUUGACAUUGUAUCCUGGCAUUCCCAGGAGUUUGUAUUGACUGCCUGGCCUGGCCUGGCAUGUAGCAGUAUUAAUGCAGAUAGCACAGCUGAACUUCAACUUAAAUGGUGUUUAAGAGCACUUUUCUCAAUGUUUUCUUCAAACCUGAAUAUUAUCAUUUCCUGUUUAAUAUGCUAACAGCAGUAGCUAUGGUGAGUCAUUAAUAUUGGGGUACCCCCUAAAUAUUUCUCUGAUGUAGUAAAGGGCAAUGGUUAUGUAUGGUGACUCCCAAUGUAGAGAUGGAUGCUAAUAGCUGAAUGCAUGUUACCAACUGGAAUUUUCACAUAUUGUGUAACUUAACCUCAUUCCCUUACAGCUGUUUAGGACUUCCAUUUCUUUCUGCCCCAGCCAGCAAGGCCAAUGAUCAGGGAUGAUAAGAGUUGUACUUCAAAACAUCUGGCAGGCAAUAGGUUGGAGAAGGCCAUGCUAUUGAUUACUGUAAUAUGAAUGAGCCUUAGCCUUGUACAUUCUCUUCUUUUCUUAGGACAAGGCUGUGAGGAUUCAAAAGUCCACUCCCAUUUUCAGUUAUCCAUAAUUUAGUGUAAUGCCUGAAACUGGUUAAUCUUAACUAUGGUUUACUGAAACAAGCCAGCUUCAUAAACCAUUGUUUGAAGUUAACCUGCUUCAGUAAACCAGUAUUUGUCCAUGUUUGGCCACACUAAAGGAAAAAGAAGUUAGCUCAUGUACCACUAAACCAUACUUUAUGGUAGUGUUCAAAUGAAUCCAAUAUAUUUGAUGGGGUUUUACUGCUAAAGUCUAUUUAUAAUGCUAGUAACUCUAUCCAUGCUUCAUGAAGCUUUCUGUUCGUACACUUUAGAGCAGUCUUUUUUUAACCACUCCUUUAAAAAAAACUUUGAAAUAAGUUUAGUGCUUUGAUAGAAGGUGUUGAAGAGAAAUGUAAGAUUUUUUGAAAGGGGAACGUUCUAUUACUAAUGACAACAUUGGUAUUUUCAAGCUGUUUAUGUUGGUCAGCAGUAUGGAAGUAAACAUUUCAUUGUUUACUGUUCAUUUUGGGUUUGCUUCUUAGUUUGCAGUAAGAGACAUACGGAUUAUUCUGUAAUUCAGAUGUCAAAUAUUCACACCAAUUGUUGCGCUGUAAAUGUAAGCAAGGUGGAGUGUUCCUGGUAUUCAUCCACAUGGCCAACUGUAUGAACCAGGCAGUCUGAUAUGUGAGUGUGAGCAAUUUUCCUGAUUCUGCUUGAUAGAAAAUUUGCUUACAUAAUUGGAAGCAGUUACAAGCAUGGUAUUUGACCACACAGGCACUAUGUCAAAACAGUGUGAGGACCAUUUCUACGUAAAGGAAAACUUAUUGUACAGAGUGGCCUAAUAUAUAGAAUGGGCACAUUGCUGAAACUUGGGUAUCCUUUCAUUAUUCAAAAAGUUUGUAUUGGUUGAAAGGAGGGUUUUUCUAAAUACUGGAAAGGGGUGUGUUUUCAAGGAGAAUUGAAACUGCUAUGUGUAAAGCAGAAUAUCAUUUUGUGAUCUGUUCCAUAGUCACUGUGUACAUAUCACAUACUAUAUUAUGUUCUAAGAAUUCAAGGAGCUUUAGACUGGUUCCUUCUCUCCAUCCUGCAAAGUUCCCAUUGAACAAGGCAAAUCACUUUUAAAAUUGAGGAGACUUUCAAAAUCAUUUUGUGAUAAAUGGGUAUUCUGAAUUCUUAGGUGUCAGCUAAAAAUACCAAAGAUUCCACUGGCUGUUGUGUAAGCCUAGCUGUAUCAAUGGAUUUGGUCCUUCCUGUCUUAUUUAUGAUUGAAAGUAGCCACCAAGUCAUUUUAAUGGGACCUUAUUUUUAAAAACUGCAUAGCAUCAAGAGUGGAGCUAAAUAAAAGGAGAGUGUAGAUGGCAGAUUAUUGAAAAUGGUUGAAGAAAAUAUAAACCUUAUUCAGGUUGAGUGGAUCUCUUCUCAGUAUCUGUAGAAAUAUAUAGACAAAUAUAAAUUGCAUUUUUCUCAUGAACAGAACGUGCAUGAGAUCUUUAACCUUUUGAUCUUGCCAAUAAAAGGCCAACUCCUUUUGGUUAAACUGGUAGCAAUGCUUCACUAUAUUGCUGGGGUAAGGAUCAUACUUUUUGCUCAUUUAGCAAAAAGAAAAAAGCUUUGCCUUGCAGAGCUUAUUGUAAAUGCUGUUUCUCAGUUAAUUUUUAUUUAAAACUGAGAACAUGGCAUUGUCAAUGGAGGAUGUUAUGUAGCAAGAGAAGAUACAAGCUAAACUUCAAAACUAGGUCAAUUUUAAGUUUUAAAAAAUGAAGCAUACUUCAGACUUACAGUCUGGGAAUAAAUUUUUAUCUCAAAUUCACAUUGCUUGGAAACCAAAAUGCCUUCUUGGAAGUUUCUGAAAAAGAAAAAUUGAACUAUUCUUGGUAGCACUGCUUCUACAGGACUACUUAAAAUGCUGUGGUGCAAAUGGCAGCUUACACAGGCAUAGUUGAAGCCGACUUCUCUGCACAUAAAGCAAACUCAGUUAUCCUUUAUUAAAUGAGGCUGGGCAGGCUUCCCAGCAUCCUUAACUCCAAGGUUCUGAGAUGCUGUACUAGAAGUUACUGCUGGUGCAGUAACUUGUAGAAUUUGACCAGAGAUUAACAGGUUUUCACCUUAAUGGAGGUUUAGAAAGAAUUUAGAAUUUUGCAAAGAAAGUAGUAUAUUUUGGGCAUUACUUCAGAGAGAAAACUUUCUGAAAAUACAUGUGACCAUAUUUUUGACAUGCAAUGGAAUAAUAAAAUGUUAUUCAAUAUAAUCAUUGACUUUUAAAAAAACCUUAUACAUUCAAAUUGUUCUCAUGCGUUCCUAUAAAAUUAAUCAAUGAAAAGACAACUUCUAUUUGUGUAUCUAUUUUAAUCCUUGCUAUCUCUUGCUGCUGCUACUGUAUUGUGGUACAUAAAAUGGGUUGCAGACUGAUUGAGAGAUGACUUUUCUGGCUGGAAACAAAUUUUAUUGGAGAUUAUUUACAAAACAGUCUUUUUGUAUUAUAAUAAAGUACUUUUUAUUGGUA